AUGUCUAUUCUACCCUCUCAGUUUAACCCAAAUUACCACCUAUACCCACCCUCAAAUCCCUCUCCUCCCACCUGCCAUGAUCUUGCCACAUCAUCAUCUUACCCACUACCUAAAUCCGGAUCCCACGUGGCACAAUCAGAAACACAGUUACAGGAUCAUACCCCACAGAAAAGAACAAGGGGUCCCUCCAUCUCUCCCUCGUGGCAUUUCGCUUCAGAAUCGAAAGAAAGAAAACCAAUUUGGGUGCUUUUAGGGUCAGAUAAGACAAUGAAGAAGGCAAAGAGAAAACUGGCAUACACUUUAAUCGAUGAAGAUGACGAUGAGGAAGAAGUGGUAGUGAAGGAUAAAAGAACACAAAAUGUCAGUGUAGACGACGAAGAUGAAGAUGGUAGGGUUUAUCUAUCUGUUGUUAACUUUCUAGAAGGUUUCAGUAUUUUUGAAGAAAGAACUCUCUUUGGGAGUUUGCUUGCGAAGUGA